GCGCUUGAGCAUGAAUGGCUCAGAGAACCUCUACCGAGUCCGAUCGGUGUACCGGGUGACUUCGAUUUGUUGCAUAGUGUUCGUACUAAUUUUAAUGCCCGUAAAACAUUUAAGAAGGCUAUCGACACAGUCAAAGCGAUCAACCACCUUAGAACUCAUUCGAGAAACCACAGCCUUGCUAAUUUGUUAGAAACAUCCAAAAAGGAAGCGGACGAGGAUGUUGCUAAUGUAUUUUACGUCGAGUAG